GAGCCACCGCACCCGGCCGAUUUCUGGUCUUUUACUUGUGAAGAUAAGCUGGUAGUUGACAUUGUCAGAAUCAACAGAUCUUGAUUUUAGGACUAGUUUAUAGGGGCGAUGUGUAUCCUGAAAAUUUUAGAGGCUCACAAGGAAAUUCCUUGUGAGCAAUUUGUGAGGGAAGCUCUCUGGGGAGAUAUGUGGCCUUUUUUUUUUUCUCUUGAGGCGGAGUUUCCCUCUUGUCGCCCAGGCUAGAGUGCAGUGGUGCGAUCUCGGCUCUCUGCAACCUCCGCCUCCCAGGUUCAAGCAAUUCUCCUGCCUAAGCCUCCUGGGUAGCUGGGAUUACAGGCAUGUGCCACCAUGCCCGGCUAAUUUUUGUAUUUUUUUAGUAGAGACGAGGUUUCUCCAUGUUGGUCAGGCUGGUCUGGAACUCCCGACCUCAGGUGAUCUGCCGGCCUGUCUCCCAAAGUGCUGGGAUUACAAGUGUGAGCCACUGCGCCUGGCCUCAUCCUUUUUUUGAGACGGAUUCUCACUCUGUCACCCAGAGUGGAGUGCAGUGGCGUGAUCUCAGCUCACUGCAACCUCUGGCUCCCGGGUUCAAGCGAUUCUUGUGCCUCAGUCUCCUGAGUAGCUGAGAUUACAGGUGCGUGCCACCACACCCAGCUAAUUUUUGUAUUUUUGGUAGAGAUGGGGUUUCACCAUCUUGGUCAGGCUGGUCUCCAAAGCCUGACCUCGUGAUCAGCCUGCCUCGGCCUCCCAAAGUGCUGGGAUUACAGGCAUGAGCCACCGCGCUUGGCUAGGAGUUCGAGAUCAACCUGGCCAACAUGGUGAAACCCCGUCUCUACUAAAAAAAUACAAAAAUUAACCUGGUUUGGUGGCGCAUGCCUGUAAUCCCACCUACUCAAGAAGCUGAGGCAGGAGAAUCACUUGAACCCAGCAGGCAGAGGUUGCAGUGAGCCGAGAUUGCGUCACUGCAGUCCAGCCUGGGCAACAAGAGUUCGAACUCCUGACCUCAGAUGAUCUGCCCGCCUUAGCCUCCCAAAGUGCUUGGCACCCCGCUGCCGGCCCAAAAUGAAUUUUUCUUACCAGUGUUAUAAGGAAAUGUUAUUGAAGGAUACAGUGUUAUUAGAGGACCAGCUGUGCUCUUCACUUAAAGUGUUUUUCAGCAGGGCGGGCACGGUGGCUCGCGCCUGUAGUCCUAGCACUUUGGGAGGCUGAGGCGGACGGAUCACCUGAGCUCAGGAGUUUAUGACCAGCCUGGGCAAUAGGGUGAAACUCCGUCUCUACUAAAAAUGAAAAAAAAAAAAAAAAUAGCCGGGUGUGGUUGCACACACCUGUAGUCCCAGCUACUCAGGAGGUUGAGGCAGGAGAAGCCUUUGAACCCAGGAGGCGGCGACUGGAGCGAGCUGAGAUUACACCACUGUACACCAGCCUGUUAGAUUGAUUCCAGGCGUGAAUUCCAAGAAGAACCAAAUGUGUUUUGACUGGGGUCCAGGGGAGAUGCUGGUAUGUGAAACCUCCUUCAACAAAAAAGAAAAAUCAGAGAUGGUGCCAAGUUGCCCCUUUAUCUAUAUCAUCCGUAAGGAUGUAGAUGUUUACUCUCAAAUCUUGAGAAAACUCUUCAAUGAAUCCCAUGGAAUCUUUCUGGGCCUCCAGAGAAUUGACGAAGAGUUGACUGGAAAAUCCAGAAAAUCUCAAUUGGUUCGAGUGAGUAAAAACUACCGAUCAGUCAUCAGAGCAUGUAUGGAGGAAAUGCACCAGGUUGCAAUUGCUGCUAAAGAUCCAGCCAAUGGCCGCCAGUUCAGCAGCCAGGUCUCCAUUUUGUCAGCAAUGGAGCUCAUCUGGAACCUGUGUGAGAUUCUUUUUAUUGAAGUGGCCCCAGCUGGCCCUCUCCUCCUCCAUCUCCUUGACUGGGUCCGGCUCCAUGUGUGCGAGGUGGACAGUUUGUCGGCAGAUGUUCUGGGCAGUGAGAAUCCAAGCAAACAUGACAGCUUCUGGAACUUGGUGACCAUCUUGGUGCUGCAGGGCCGGCUGGAUGAGGCCCGACAGAUGCUCUCCAAGGAAGCCGAUGCCAGCCCCGCCUCUGCAGGCAUAUGCCGAAUCAUGGGGGACCUGAUGAGGACAAUGCCCAUUCUCAGUCCCGGGAACACCCAGACACUGACAGAGCUGGAGCUGAAGUGGCAGCACUGGCACGAGGAAUGUGAGCGGUACCUCCAGGACAGCACAUUCGCCACCAGCCCUCACCUGGAGUCUCUCUUGAAGAUUAUGCUGGGAGACGAAGCUGCCUUGUUAGAGCAGAAGGAACUUCUGAGUAAUUGGUAUCAUUUCCUAGUGACUCGGCUCUUGUACUCCAAUCCCACAGUAAAACCCAUUGAUCUGCACUACUACGCCCAGUCCAGCCUGGACCUGUUUCUGGGAGGUGAGAGCAGCCCAGAACCCCUGGACAACAUCUUGUUGGCAGCCUUUGAGUUUGACAUCCAUCAAGUAAUCAAAGAGUGCAGCAUUGCCCUGAGCAACUGGUGGUUUGUGGCCCACCUGACAGACCUGCUGGACCACUGCAAGCUCCUCCAGUCACACAACCUCUAUUUCGGUUCCAACAUGAGAGAGUUCCUCCUGCUGGAGUACGCCUCGGGACUGUUUGCUCAUCCCAGCCUGUGGCAGCUGGGGGUCGAUUACUUUGAUUACUGCCCCGAGCUGGGCCGAGUCUCCCUGGAGCUGCACAUUGAGCGGAUACCUCUGAACACCGAGCAGAAAGCCCUGAAGGUGCUGCGGAUCUGUGAGCAGCGGCAGAUGACUGAACAAGUUCGCAGCAUUUGUAAGAUCUUAGCCAUGAGAGCCGUCCGCAACAAUCGCCUGGGUUCUGCCCUCUCUUGGAGCAUCCGUGCUAAGGAUGCCGCCUUUGCCACGCUCGUGUCAGACAGGUUCCUCAGGGAUUACUGUGAGAGAGGCUGCUUUUCUGAUUUGGAUCUCAUUGACAACCUGGGGCCAGCCAUGAUGCUCAGUGACCGACUGACAUUCCUGGGAAAGUAUCGCGAGUUCCACCGUAUGUACGGGGAGAAGCGUUUUGCCGACGCAGCUUCUCUCCUUCUGUCCUUGAUGACGUCUCGGAUUGCCCCUCGGUCUUUCUGGAUGACUCUGCUGACAGAUGCCUUGCCCCUUUUGGAACAGAAACAGGUGAUUUUCUCAGCAGAACAGACUUAUGAGUUGAUGCGGUGUCUGGAGGACUUGACGUCAAGAAGACCUGUGCAUGGAGAAUCUGAUACCGAGCAGCUCCAGGAUGAUGACAUAGAGACCACCAAGGUGGAAAUGCUGAGACUUUCUCUGGCACGAAAUCUUGCUCGGGCAAUUAUAAGAGAAGGCUCACUGGAAGGUUCCUGAGAACUGCUUCAAUGUGGUAUCUUUGUAUGGCAAUGUAUAUAGAUUUUUUAAAAGAAUAAAUGUUGUUUUGCAAAUGUA